GUCGAGGAUUAAAUUCUUGACGUCAAUGGCCGAAAGAAUCACUGUCCUGAGCAUUUUAGGGCCGGUUUUUCCCUCCGGGUCGGCCCGGUGGAAAAGGUUUAUGCGGUUGGAUGAACGUCCUGGGAAAAACCCAGCAUCAUACAUCGGCCCAGAAGAAAUAUGGGAAAAGGAUAUGAGCGAAGAGAUGGUGAUUGGCCCGACGACAGAUGGCUACCAGAGGGUUGAUUUGAAGUGUGCCGCUGAACACAUGGAGGUGACUAUCGUGACCGAAGAGGAUUUCUCUGGGGUAAUUUACACCAGGGGUAGCUAUUCGGCCCAAAAGCUUCCCUGUUUCAGAGACCUCAAAUCUGGCACCUACUUCAGGAUGAACAUCCCUUUCGACGACUGCAAGACGAAAAAUGAAGGCGGAUUGUACAAGAAUGUACUGAUAGUGCAGCACGAUGAUUAUCUCAUCAUGCCCGGAGACGCUGCCUUCGACCUAGAAUGCGAUUUCAGAAAACCGAAAGAUGUUCCGGUUCAUAAAUCAGUCACGACUGAAGUUUUUGAUGUGAUAGCAAGGAUAAUGCUGAGUGAUGCGGACCCAGGUGGAAAGCCCAUACCAGAAGCGAUGAGGUUGAAAGCAAUCAACAUGUCGAAUGUGGUCUCAUUUCAACCAAAAAUUUUACGAAAUCAAAAAGACGAGCUUUAGUUUCAUGUUUUCUCAA